AUGAAUGGUGAUGAUACAACACAGAGUAUAAAGCAGAAGCUAGCUGGUUAUUUGAAUAAGCCGGAAAAUGACUCUUUGACACAAACAGUGAUUGCACAAGCCAGAGGUAAAAGUUUUGAAGAUUUUGUAAAGUUUACGCAGAUUAUUGGAUUAAAAAACGAUGAGCAUGCAAAGGAUAUUUAUGAUAACAUACAAGCUUCGAUAUUGGAAGCAAAAGCGUCGGGGCAGAAAAGAAGCCCAAUUGUGGAAAGGGCUGGUAAGUCUUCGCUAAGGUUAUCGUUUGAUGAGGACGAAGAUAUCGAUGAGAUCAUCACUCCAAACAUCAAAAUACGACCUAAAGAUACAGUUCCAACUCAGCCAAAGUUCAAAAGAAUAAAGAAAGAAGAUGCCCAAAGGCUAAAAGAAGUUGCACCUACCUUUGUCAAAGAUACCCUGGAAACAACAGAGCUCGUUAACAAACGUAAUUCAUCAAACUCACGAGUACACGACGCGACACGCAAUCCAAGAGAAACUAACCCCUCGAGCAAGUGGGAAUCAAGAGCAGUGAAGCAAAACUCUUCUCCGUCUAUGAAGCAGAGCACUUCUCUGGUAUUUUCAAAGGGAAGUACAGGUGGGUAUUUUAAUUCACUGGGGGAGUACAUCGAUCACGAUCAUGCACCCAACAACGAUUUUAAUCGUAUACCGAUAAUUAGUCAAGUUUUGAUUCCACCAUUCCUUGAAAAUGUGAGAGAGCAUUUGACCUUGCAGAUCACUGGAUCCAGUAUUAGAGGAGCAGGUCCAACUGUUGAUCCAGUCAAGGAUUCCGCGUCAGAAUUGGCAUCAAUGGCAAAACAAGGGUCGUUGGUGGUGCAAAACAUAAAGUCGAAACAGGAGAGGGCAAAACAGGCUAAAGAGAAAACGGGUGUCGCAUCAACUGCAAAGAAGGAAGAAGAAGAAGCUAGAGUGCAGCAGGAGGAUACAGAACAAAAUAUUGACUAUGAUACAAUUCAAAAGCAAAGGAAAAGUCUACCUGCGUAUGCGGUAAGAGACGAUGUUGUCUCCACCAUUCGUGACAACCAAGUCACAAUCAUUAUUGGUGAAACAGGUUCAGGAAAGACAACCCAAUUGGCCCAGUUUCUAUAUGAACAAGGAUUGGCUACAACCACAGACGAGCGAAGAAUCAUUGGCUGUACACAACCAAGACGGGUUGCUGCGAUGUCAGUUGCCAAAAGGGUUAGUGAAGAAAUGCACGUUAAACUAGGGGAGGAAGUGGGGUACUCAGUGAGGUUUGAUGACAAGACAAAUCCCGAAAAGACUGUAAUCAAGUAUAUGACGGAAGGUAUUUUGUUGAGGGAGAUUUUAGCGGACAAUACUUUAAGUGAGUACAGCUGUAUUAUCAUUGAUGAGGCACAUGAGAGAUCACUAAAUACGGAUAUCCUUUUGGGAUUAUUCAAAGGACUAUUAGCCAAAAGAAGAGACUUGAAGCUAAUUGUCACUUCAGCGACAAUGAAUGCUGAUCGAUUCACAAGAUUUUUUGGAGCAGCACCACAGUUUACCAUUCCAGGAAGAACUUUUCCUGUUGAUAUUUACUUCAACAAGAACGUGACAAUGGAUUAUGUUGAAACAGCGGUAAAACAGAUUUUAUCGAUCCAUUUGAGUAAAGGAAGUGAUACAAAGGGCGAAUUUGUAAAUGAUGGCGACAUUCUUGUGUUUAUGACCGGUCAAGAGGAUAUUGAAAUCACUUGUGACUUGUUACGUGAAAAGCUAAAUAUGUUGGAGAACCCACCUCCUUUGGAGAUUUUGCCCAUCUAUUCCUCGAUGCCGCAAGAGUUGCAGAAAAGGAUAUUCAAUAAAUCAAGUACUACAAAGAGGAAAGUCGUUGUUGCAACAAACAUUGCGGAAACUUCAUUGACAGUUGACGGUAUAAAGUACGUAAUUGAUUGUGGUUUGGUCAAAGUCAAAGUUUACAAUCCUAAACUUGGGAUGGAUACAUUGCAAGUAGUUCCUAUUUCUUUUGCAAAUGCCGAGCAAAGAAGCGGUAGAGCAGGAAGAACUGGUGCAGGUGUCGCAUACAGAUUAUACACUGAACACGCCACGGACCCUCAAAACAUGUAUCAACAGCCCAUACCCGAGAUUCAAAGGACUAAUUUGAGCAAUACAAUGUUGCUCUUGAAGUCCUUGAAUGUACGUGACAUUAACAACUUUCCAUUUUUGGAUAGUCCUCCCAAAGAUUUACUCAACUGUUCAUUGUAUGAUUUGUGGGCCAUGGGCGCAUUAGACAAUAUCGGUGAAUUGACCAAACUCGGACGCGACAUGAUUCAAUUUCCGAUCGAGCCAACUCUCUCCAAACUCAUUUUGUUGUCGACUGAACAGUAUUUUCGUUGUUCGGAAGAUAUCCUCACCAUCGUUGCUAUGUUGAGUGUUUCCAGCAUCUUUCAAAGAUCCAAAGAAAGAGCCAAGGAAGCUGAUUCGGCAAGAGAAAGGUUUGUUGUUGCAGAAUCUGAUCAUUUGACACUACUAAAUGUUUACACCCAAUGGGAAACGAAUAUGAACAAAUUCGGCUCUAAUUGGAAUCGAAUAAAUGAGUGGUGUGACCGCAAUUUCAUACAACACAAGUCACUACUUCGAGCAAAGGAGAUCAGAAAGCAGUUGGCGCUCAUUAUGCAAAAGAGAAAGCUUCCAUUUUACAGAGCCAAGAAUGAUGAUGAUAUUCGAAGAUGUUUGUGCGCAGCUUUUUACCAUCAACUGGCCAAGCUUGUCAAAACGGGUAUUCAUGGCGCUCCUGAGUUUGUUAACCUUCGCCAUCCCUACAUGAAGAUGUAUUUGCACCCCACGAGUAGCUUGCUCAAUAGUAAUUUAAGUCUGAACUUUGUCAUCUACCAUGAUUUGAUCUUGACUUCAAAAGAGUAUAUGAAUUUUGUGACAUGCGUCGAUCCAUUGUGGUUACUAGAUUUUGGUUAUGUGUUUUACAGUGUUCCUAAAGAAUCUCAUGGUAUAUUGAUUGAGGGUGUGGAGAAAAAUGCAAGGGAGGAAUUUGAGCGUCAACUAGAGAAGGAUCGAGUGAUAUAUGAAGAGCAAAAUACAAAAGUCCCAAAAUCAGAAGAGAAGGACGCCUCGACAACAAACAGAAAAAGUUUACUAUUUCGUAAACGAAAACGAAUGUAA